GCGGAGGCGGCCGUGGAGGUUGUUGGCUUGGUGGAGGAGAAGAAGGAUGUGGCUCCGGCGGUGGCGAUGCAGGCGAACAGGUGCAGCCAAUGCAAGAAGCGUGUGGGGUUGACGGGGUUCAAGUGUAGAUCUAAUGUUACCGUCGUCUCCGCCAGAGAUAUCAGCGAGGGCCGGCGGGAAAUCGAAAGAGGGAACGAAAAUGAGCCGCGGAGCAGAGGAGGUGCCGCCGGCGCCAAGGGCAAGAAGAAGGGAGUCACCUUCACCAGCGACAUCGCCUCACUCGAGAAGUUCCUCCAGGAGCGCAUCAAGGUCGGCGGCAAGGCCGAAGCUCUCGGCGACGCAGUCGUCAUCACUCGCGAGAAGUCCAAGAUCACUGUUACCUCCGAUUCCAACUUCUCCAAGCGGUACCUGAAGUAG